AUGUCUUGCCGAAAGGAAGAUGAUGGCUCUGGCGCAGACGUCCAGCAUGUCGACUUGUUGCAUGAGGGAAGAUCUGGGAAAGCGAUCAAUGCCCAGUUGAUCUUCGCCUGUACAGUUUUUGGUGCCGCCUCGUUUUUGUUCGGGUUCGACGACAAAAUCAUUUCUCCGGUUGCCGCAUUGGUUCCUUUUGUCGAGAAAUUCCAAGGACCCAACCCGGUCUCCGGGAAGUACGUCCUCACGGCGCGCAAUCAAAACCUCGUCUUCUCCCUUCCGUUGGUGGGCUCCGUGAUCGGAGGACUGCUUGCCUCGCCGUUGAACUUCCACUUUGGUCGCAAGUGGCCCUUGAUAGCUGCAUAUAUUAUAUCCGUGGGUGGUGGACUGCUUCAAGUCUUUGCACCGAAUCUGGGGGCCUUUGUGGGAGGCCGUUCAAUCAAUGCAGUUGCAUUGGGAAUUGUCAAUGCGACUGCUCCUCUGUAUAUAUCCGAGGUGGUUCCCGCCUCAAUACGAGGAAGAUGUGUUAGUUCAACCAACAUCUUGAACUUGACAGCCGGCGUGGUAGGCACUGUGGUGGUCUUCGGAUCUGAUAAGAUCGGUGGACUCUUAGCCUACCAAAUCCCACUGGCUGUGCAGUGUGUCUUGCCAGUUAUCCUGUUCGUUUUGACAAUACCCCUUCCAGAAAGCCCACAAUGGCUUGUCGGGAAGGGGGAAACGGAACAAGCACGAGGCAAUCUGCGGAAAUUGCGCGGCUUCAGCGAUGAAGAAGUAGACGACGAGCUUCGUCUGAUGGAGCUGAGUGAAAUGAAUGAACGGGACUUACAAUCUCACGCCAAGUUCUGGCACAUCUUCCACCGACAACAUCUCAAACGAACCCUAACCGCGGGGUCCUUCUUCUCCCUCAAUCAAAUCUCGGGCAUUAUCCUCUCAACAACGUACACGACGUUGUUCCUCACAGAACUAGGAAUUGGAAAUGCCUUCACCCUAACGAUUAUCGCAUCCUGCUGUACAUUAGCCGGAACCAUCGCCGCACCCUUCGUCAUAGACCGAGCUGGUAGGCGUCCAACAGCAUUUGUCGGAAUGAGCAUCCUGUUCGUGAUCGACGUAGUGGCUGGUGGUCUAGCCUUCGACAGAGGCAACAAACAGGCCAUUAAGGCGAUUGCCGCACUGGCCUUCAUAUUCAAUUUCUUCUGGGCUUGUUCGUUCUUCUCCUUGUCGAACCUCAUGCCGUCGGAAAUGGCAACCCCUAAACUCCGCCACCAUACCAUGUCCUAUACAAUUGCCUGUGCACAGACAACAGCUGUCGUUACAACGCUUGUUGUCCCGCAGUUGACUUCUGUUGAUGCGGCCAAUCUUGGCGCGAAGACUUAUCUGGUCUUUGCGGGUUGCAUGGCUGGUAUCAUUGUCUUCUUCUAUUUCGUGAUGCCGGAGACUCGGGGUCGGACUUUUGCUGAGAUUGAUGAGAUGUAUGCGGCCAAGAUUCCUAUGCGGAAGUGGAGGUCGUAUAAAUCGUCAUUUGAAGUGAGGCCUCGAACAUUAAAGAAUCUUUGA